AUGCCCCCCAUCCUUGGCGUUCGGAUCUCUGAGGAUGAAGGGAAGAAAAGUCAGGAGGGCAGAGACAAGCCCCAGGCUGCCAGGCUAGAGGAGGAGGAGGAACCCCUGCAGAGUUCAGCCCCCCACACUCAGGAAGCCCCAAGUGAGGACGUGCCCCUCUCCUGCGCUGCUCCCGGGGAGAAGCAGCCAUCAGAGGCCCCUGGAGAAGGAGCUGGAGCUGGGGCUGGGGCUGGGAGAGCCGGCCAGCGCCAGGGCUCAGGGCCUCUCCGCAAAGACAGAACCCUGGGCCCGCCUAGACCCCAGCCUCAGGGGGAAGCGCACCCUCUCCCGGUGAGAGAGGGGAAGCUGGGGAAGAGGCCCUACUCUCCAGCCGCCGGUAAGCAGAAAAGGCCUAACGCUGUGGGUCUGGACUCCACGGCAUCUCCCAGUGUCGCUAACCCAGCCCGGGCCACGUACAACCCAGUGCCUUGUGGGUCAGGCCGGGGCUCCUGCCAUCUGGCCAACCUCCUCAGCACGUUGGCCCAGAACAGCCAAAACACAGACCAGAAGAAGUCCCCGGAAGUGACCUGCCAAGGCCGGAAAAAGACGCGGACUCUAUACCGCUCGGACCAGCUGGAGGAGCUAGAAAGGCUCUUCCAAGAAGACCACUAUCCGGACAGCGAUAAGCGCCGGGAGAUUGCCCAGACGGUGGGAGUCACCCCCCAACGCAUCAUGGUAAAGGGCACUGGCCCUCGGUCUCGGGGUGGAGGAGAACCCACGUGCUGGCACUCUGGGAGAGCCAGACAGAGCCGGACAGGGGCUGGGGUGUGGUUCCAGAAUCGCCGGGCAAAGUGGCGAAAAGUGGAGAAAAUGACUGGGAAGGAGAGCAAGGACGCCACUGCUGACCCUGCCCUCAGCCCCACCAGCAACCAGUGCAGCUCUGCAGCCGGACCGCCACCUGCUGUGCCCGCGGACCGGGAGCCUGGGACCUUCGCUCAGGAGCCCCCGCUGGAUCCCCUUCCAGAGCCCCCCGUGCUGCUGACAUCUGACCAGACUCUGGCCCCGACCCAACAGAGUGAGGGUGCCCAGAGGGUGGAAGUGACCCCACCACUCUUCAGCCCCCCACCUGUCCGAAGAGCCAACCUCCCUUUCCCCCUCGGCCCCGUGCACACGUCCCAGCUGAUGUCUUUGCUGCUGGAUACCCCGGGCAACGAGAGCAGCCGCAAGGAUGGCCCUUGCGGGUCGUGGGGUACGAGCAUCACGCCACCCACCGCCUGCUCAUACUUGGAGGAGCUGGAACCCCAGGAGUAUCAACCCAGCAGCCAGCCAGGACCGUUCCAGUUCUCCCAGGCUCCACAGAGCCAGCUUUUCCAACACCCCCAGCCCCAGUUUCCAUACCUGCACCCCUUCCCCUUCCCCAUGCCCAGCUCCCUGACCCCUCCACUGCUGGAAGACUCUCUGUCUACAUUGUCCUAUGGCCCCAGCGGAGGCACAUCCCAGGGCUACUUCCCAGGCCCUCCCUCGGGGCAGAGCCUGCUGCAGCCACCCGCUGGGAACAUGGGUACAGUCCCCUGGAACGACCCCUGCUUGCCAGACCUGCCCUUCCCCAGUUCCUUCUGUCCACCAGCUCUGGGGGGCCCCCCGGGAGGGGACGGCUGCUUCCUGGAUCUGUUUGCAGCCCCUUGUGCUCAGGCUUCGAGCAGGCAGCCUUCCCCAGGCCUCGCCCGGCUUCCUGAAGGGACCAGGCCCGGAGCGGAGCCCCUACUCAGCAAGGCCCAAGAGGAGCUGCCUGCCGCCGCUGUGGAGCUGCCCUCGGCCCCUGAGGAGGGCCGACAGGAAGACCAGACCAGCCGUGGCCCCUAG